UGUAUAUCCAUAAUAAUCACAAUGUGUGUAAUACUGCUCUUUAUGUUUCUCUCUUCAUUAUUAUGCUAUCCAGGCCAGAGGGGCUGUUCCAAUGAAGUUAACUUUCCCAGACAAGGUUCAGUACAUCCUCAACAUCCCAGAAGCCUCUGUGGCAGAUACUGGACGCUAUGAGUGUGCUGUAACCAACCAAUUAACUGGACAAACCGAGUCUCUCAUCCUGGGAAUCACAGUCCACGAGAGAUCUUUUGUAGAAGUAAUAUCUAAUGGCAUUGGGCCAGUGGAGGUUGUAUCGCUUCUGGAGGAAAAAGAGUUUACUAUUUACAUUGAUGCUGACCCUGAGCCAAAGGUCAGGUGGUUUAAAGAUGGCCUUCAGCUGGAUGACAGCUACAUCUCCACCAAGACUACUCAUCUGACAGGCCUCAGGUAG